ACGGCAGCUGUGUUGACUGCUGGAUGGAGGUUCGGGUUUGGUAGAGAUGUCUGAGCAUAGUAAUGAAGACAGCGGGGAGCCGCAGGAGCUAGCAGUUACCGGGGAUCCUCUGGCCUUGCCAUGGGACCGCUUCUCAGCCUGGCUUCACUGUAUCUGUGUGGUGGGCUUUGAUCUGGAGCUGGGCCAGACUGUGGAGGCAUUAUACCCACCAAAUGCAAAGCUAACUGAUAAAGAGAAAACCAGUAUCUGUUACUUGUCAUUCCCAGACUCAAAUUCAGGUUGUCUUGGAGACACUCAGUUUUGCUUCAGAUUUCGUCAAUCUGCUGGCAGGAAGACGUCCCUGCAUUGUAUUUUGGACCACAGUGACAGAGAAUCACCUGUUUAUUUAAAGAAAGAUCCGUCCUGUUUCUAUGGUUACGUUUAUUUUCGACAAGUCAAAGACAAGACAUUAAAAAGAGGCUAUUUUCAAAAGUCAUUAGUGUUGAUCAGCAAACUUCCUUAUAUCAAUUUUUUCCACACUGUACUGAAGCGAAUUGCGCCGGAGUAUUUUGAAAGAGGAGAUCCAUGUUUGGAAGCAGCUUGCAGUGAUAUAGAUCGUUGGCCCGCACCUCUUCCAGGGAAAACGUUAAACCUGCCAAUUAUGGGAGUUGUGCUAAAGGUGCGAAUUCCAACCUGUUCGGACAAGCCAGGAACAACGCUCAUACAACAGUCAGAUGCACAGAUCUCUAUCACGUUACCAACCAUUCAUGAAGUUGAUAUCUUCCGGUGCUUUUCUCCAGUGUUCUUCCAUAUCCAACUACUGUGGGAGCUUGUGUUGUUGGGGGAACCCCUUGUUGUCAUGGCUCCCUCCCCAUCACAGUCAUCCGAGACCGUUUUAGCUCUUGUAGGAUGUAUCUCACCUUUAAAGUACUGCAGUGAUUUUCGGCCAUAUUUCACAAUUCAUGACACAGAGUUCAAGGAAUAUACCACCCGCACGCAAGCUCCGCCAUCUGUAAUCUUUGGAGUGACAAAUCCAUUUUUUGCAAAAACAUUACAGCACUGGCCUCAUAUAAUCCGUAUCGGAGAUCUUAAGCUUGCAGGCGAUAUUCCAAAACAAGUAAAGGUGAAAAAGUUGAAAAAUCUGAAAACCUUGGAUUCAAAACCAGGGGUAUAUAGCUCUUACAAACCGUACCUGAACAGAGAUGAUGACAUUAUCAAACAGUUGCAGAAGGGUGUUCAGCAGAAGCGGCCAUCAGAGGCUCAGAAUGCUAUUUUACGAAGAUAUUUACUUGAGCUCACGCAGAGUUUCAUCAUCCCACUAGAACGAUAUGUUGCCAGUCUGAUGCCGCUACUGAAAAGUAUAUCAGCUUGGAAGAGUCCUCCUCAGCUGAAAAUCUUUAGCCAAGAAGAGUUCAUGAAAACGCUCGAAAAGACAGGUCCCCAGCUUACCUCCAGAUUAAAAGGAGACUGGAUUGGACUCUACAGACAUUUCUUGAGGUCACCCAAUUUUGAGGGCUGGUUUAGAAUGCGCAGGAAAGAGAUGACUCAGAAACUUGAAGCUCUGCAGCUUGAAGCACUCAGUAAUGAGGAUUUACUAAUCUGGGUGCAGAAACAUUCUGAAGUUGAAUCUGUGGAUUUGGUGUUGAAGCUAAAAAAUAAACUGGUAAAGGCCGAGCUUGACCACCUCCCAAUGAAUAAAGAUACUUUAGAAAAACUGAAAGGCCACGUUGACGCAAUCAUUCGGGAACUUCCUGAGGAUCUACAAGGAAUUCUGCAGAAAACGUCCUCCACCUCAUGACAAAGACUGGGCAGACAAGCUGAAGCUUGGUUUCCUUCAUUGUAAAACAGCAGCGCUAGUGCGUAGACAAUAUCGCUUUACACUCAGAAGAGGUCAGCCGCACUUUCUAGUAUUUGUCACUGGCCUCUUCAAGAUAUAAUGUACAUAGACUCAUUCUUUUAAUACUUAAAUGUAGAUAAUACAGAAUAAAGGACAACAGUAGGGAAAGCACAUUGUAUCUAUUUGUGUUAAAGGGAUAUGAAACCCAACGUUUUUCUUUCAUGAUUCAGAUAGAGCUAUUUUAAAUAAUGUUCUAAUUUACUUCUAUUAUGAAAUUGUCUUUGUUCUCUUGCUAUCUUUAGUUAAAAAGCAGUGACAUAUGCUUAGGAGCCGGCCCAUUUCUGCAGCAGUUUUGCAAGAAUGUUUACCAUUUGCAAGAGCACUAUCUGGCAGCACUAUUUCCUGCCAUGUAGCGCUCUAGAUGCUACCUAGGUAUCUCUUCAACACAGAAUAUCAUGGAAUGAAGCAAAUUUGAUAAUAGAAGUCAAUUUGAACAUUUUUAAAACGGUAUGGUCUGUCUGAGUCACACAAGAAAAUGUUUGGGUUUCAUAUCCCUUUAACUUUCUAACAUUACCAGAUGUUACUAUCAGGAGAUAUAUAGAUUGACACUUAUAAUAUGAACAGGGUUAUAUGCAACAUGAAAUCGCUUCAUUCCUAGUGAAACAAAUACCACGGCCUUACAGUGGUUCUGCAUCUGCUUUUAUACUUUGAUACGCGUGACUUGUAUAUGUGCAUUUAGUUUUCAAGAUAAGUUCUCAAAGCGAGAUGGAGUUAAAAUCAUGAACAAAUAUGUUCCUAUAUAUGGGCAUUUCAGCUAUAAAUUUACAGGCUACACUUACACAGUGCUGGCACUGUAGUGGGAUCUUUAUCAAUCAUGUUCGAACAAAGCAGAGGCGACUAUUUGUCGCAAGUGACAUUGGAUUUUGGUAGUGCCUUUGUAAACACACAUCUAUCCUCAAGCAAAAGCUGUCUUACAGAUGAAAGCGAUUAUUUUUAAUACCUUUUCGUAAAAUAAUUGUGUUAAAUGGGAUAUCGGUAACUGAUUUGUCUGAAGUCAAAUAUGAGCAGGCUUUAAAGGGAUGUGAAACACUUUAUAAUUAGACUAUAAAAAGUUUAGUUAUGCACAGUAAAAACGUUGUAGUAUGUUUUCAUUAUUUAAAUACCCUCCUUUUCCUGUAAUUGAAAAGGAAACGAUUACAAUUCUCUACGGCAUGUCAUUUUUGCACUACCCAUCUUACAACUCUAAAUAGUUAACUUCCACAGUGAGUUAAAAGCACAUGAAACCCAAAUUUUGUAUUUUGUGAAUCGUAUAGAACAUGCAAUAUUAAACAACUUUUCAAUUUACUUAUAUUCUCAAAUUUCUUCAUUCUCUUGGUAUCCUUUAUUGAAAGAGCAGUAAUGCACUACUGGGAGCUAGAUGAACACAUUGGGUGAACCGGUGAGCAGAGGCAUAUAUGUGCAGCCACCAAUCGGCAGCUAGCUCCCAGUAGAGCAUUGUAGCUCCUGAGCCUACCUAGGUAAUCUUUUCAACAAAGGAUGCUAAGAGAAUGAAGCAGAUUAGAAGUACACUGGUUAAAUGUUUAAAAUGGUAUGCUUAAUCUGAACCAUAAAAGUUUCAUUUUGACUUUACUGUUCCUUUUAAAAACAUAAAUAAAGUCCUGCUCAGGAGCAGCAGAGAACUAGUCUCGAGCAGGAAACCACUGUUGAGCCAGUCUGCAGAGGUAAUCGCACAAAUACGCCAAUCCCUGGCUGUGAUCAGCUCUUAUAGUUUCAUGGUGAGCUGUGCAAAAAUGAGAUGUUGUAAUGAACUGGAGCAUAUUAUUGUUACACUAUUCUUUUAAUUCCGACACUACAGACUUCAAAAGCUUAAAGGGACAUUAAACAUAAAAUUUUGUCUUUAAUGAUUCAGACAGAGCAUACAAUUUUAAACAACUUUCCAAUUUACUUCUAUUAUCUAAUUUGCUUCAUUCCCUUGACAUGCUUUGUUGAAAAGCAUAUCUUGAUUGGCUCAGGAGCUUGGAGCUAGCUGCUAAUUAGUGGAUGAAUUUGUAUGCCCAUUUUCAUUCGCUUCCAAAUGUGUUCUGCUUUCUCACAGGAGUGCAUUGCUGCUGCUUCAAUAAAAGGUACCAAGCAAAUGAAGCAAAAUUGAUUAGAGUAGUAAUUUGGAAAGUUGUUUAAAAAUGUAUAAUCUAUCUGAAUCAUGAAAUCUAUCUGAAUCAUGUCCCUUUAAAUCUGCUAGAUAUCUGUCUCUGAUUGGCAAAAGCAGAGAUAAGGAAUUGCAAAAGUUUUCCUGACAUUUGGCUAUAGAAAAACAAUUGCAGCAGACAAGGUGUUGAAGGGACAUAAUACCCAUAUGCUAAAUUACUUGAGUGAAGCAGCAUAACUGUACCCUAACAUCUCUAUGCAAAAAAGGGAAUAUAUUUUACCUCAAAAUGUCUUCAUCUCAGAACUGUAAGUGCUAUAUUCUUCAUCUACUGUCAGCUGCAAGUAAAAAAAAAAGCUCACCAGCAGUGCUGAGGUCAUGCAUUUCUUUGCUGUGAUCUCAUAAGAUUUUACUAAAAAAUAAACUAAACAUGUAAAUAACAUGACUGUGCCUGCACAUGCCAGAUGCAGACUCCCUUGCAAGUCCUGGAACAAACAUCCUGAUUGGCUAUUGAAAGUCCCUUUACAACGGGAUGUGGCUACUGAGGAAAUUUUUAGGUAAAAUGUCUUCCUUUUUUACAUAGAGAUGUUUAGGUGAUAUUUUAUAGCCAGAUUGCUAUGCUGCAUCACUUUCAAGUGCUUCAACAUUUAAGUAUCAUGUCCCUUUAAUACAUUCAGAAAGUUUUCAGUUUGUCUGUGUGUUAAUUUAUUGGAAGAUGACUGAAAAGUCUUGUAAUUACAAGGGGGUCAAUGUCCCUUUAAGGUCUAUAAAUUCCAGCACUUUAACUUUUCAUGUCAAAAUAUGUUUUUAAGCACAUAAAACAGCCUGGUAAAUAUUUUUUCCUGCUGAAAAA